CUCACUCUCAGACUCUCAGUGAACCUUCAAAUUUUUUCUUCCCAACUCCCGAAUCCAAAUAAUCACCAUGAAAUGAUAGAACCCAUUUCUCAUUUCAGCCAUUUCCACCCCAAAACCCUUUCGCCUAAUCUUAACCCUAAUUCUCAUACCACCCACCAUGAGACCCAUCCCUCCAAGAACCCUCUACCGCUUCUCUUCCUCCUCGCUAUCUCCUCCUCCUUUUCUUCAGAUUUCCCACUUUUCAACCUCUUCGUCAGGUCACCAUUUUCACAGUCACUCUUCUUUCAGACGCCACGAUGAGGAGGUUCGGAACGUGAGGAUUUCGGUUUGGUGGGACUUUGAGAACUGCCAUUUGCCGGCGGGCGUCAACGUGUUCAAGGUAUCACAUGCGAUCACCACGGUUAUCAGGACCAGUGGGAUAAAGGGCCCCAUUCAGAUCACGGCUUUCGGGGACAUGUUGCAGCUAUCAAGGUUCAACCAGGAGGCCUUGUCGUCUACUGGGGUCAAUCUUACUCACGUUCCUCACGGUGGAAAGAACAGUGCUGAUAGGUCUCUUCUUGUAGAUCUUAUGUAUUGGGUUUCUCAAAAUCCCCCACCAGCACAUCUUUUCUUAAUUUCUGGUGACAGGGAUUUUGCUACCGUUUUGCACAGGUUAAGAUUGAACAACUACAAUAUAUUGCUAGCAAGUUCAGAAAAUGCUCCUGGUGUCCUCUGUAGUGCUGCAAGUAUCAUGUGGCCGUGGCAUGCUUUGCUUACAGGUGAAAACCUCACUGGAAAGUAUUUUAACCAACCACCUGAUGGUCCCUAUGGUUCGUGGUAUGGCCAUUACAAGGUGCCUCUUGAAGACCCGUACGCAGUCAUUGCGCAGCCACGUUCACAGACUGAGAAGUUGUCUGAACCUGGUUUAGAGUCUAAGCCUCGUCCAAUUCCAAAUAUGGUCAUGAACCAAAUUUGUCAGAUAUUGAACUCACAUCCUAAAGGAAUCUCCAUUACAGACCUUCGCAUGGAGCUUGGAAAAUGUAAUAUUAGUUUAGGUAGAGACUUCUAUGGGUAUAAAAAAUUUUCCCGCUUUCUUUUAUCAAUUCCACAUAUUUUAAAGCUCCAAUCAGUAGGUGAUGGAAACUUUCUUGUACAUGGUGGAAGCACAAAAUCAUCUGAACCAUGUCAGUCCAAUGUAGGUAUGUCUACAGAGUCCAGUGGUGAUAAUGGAGGCUGGGAUCUCAGUUUAGCUUCACAGUUAGAUUAUGAGGGCAAGUCUAUUAAUAUAAGUACAAAUAGAAAGUUGUCAUCACCUACAUCCCAUGAACCAAAUGUGGAAGACCCUAUAGAAUUGCAACAGCCCUUUUCACCUAAGUCGGAUGGGAAGUCAAUAUUGGCUCCUUCCCCUGAGAAUGUGAAGUCUUCAUCGAAACCACAUCUUUCUCCGCUUGAUGAGAAGUCACUGUCCGCUCCUUCCCCUGAUAAUGUGAAGGCUUCAGUGCCCAUUGAUGAGAAGUUUGUCGAAGUGGCUAAAAAUUUAGAUACUAAGCCUCAUUUUCCUCCGGCGGUUGCGCAAGAUUCUGCAUCUGAGGUGGGUUAUUUUAAGAGGAUUUGGAGAAAAUGGUUUGGCUGUAGUGAUAAUGUUUCUGGGACUAGAAGUCAUGAGAGUCAGGAAAAACAUUACACUUCUGGUAAUGUCACUGAGAAAGAAGACGAUGACACCCCAGUGAAACAGUGUACUUCUGUUGGUAACUCUAGACAAAGAAAAGAUAAGGAAAAGUCUGAGGGAUCAACGAGUCAGGUUGUUGAUCAAGCACCUCCUACUUCAUCUUCUUCAUCCUAUUUUAAACAGUUCUCAAUGAUCCUUGCUCAUACUGAAGUUGAUGUUCAAAUAUCUGGUCAUUGUUAUCCUUGUGUCUUCAAUUGUUACAGGGAACAUAUGGCACUGAAUCUUCAAAAGGAAGGACCUUUGUUUCUUAGAUCUCUCCACAAAGGUGAUCUCGUUCACUUGGUAGAUUUGUUAAUAUCAGAAAAGAAAUGGGUGAAUGAAAGCCCCUCCCAGACAUUGCCAUUCAAACUCACCCAUUGUGAUGGAAAGAGUUCUCCAGAUCAUUCUAAUGUUACAAAUAGGUUGAGAUCCAUCUUUUUGAAUAAACCAUCACCGCAUGACAUACAGAGAUCACCAGAGCAUGAUAGAGAGGAAAAAUGUUGGAAUAUUCCUCAUAGUGGAGUUUCAGUACCUGCCAUUAAAAAGAAACCCUCAGACAGUUGUAGAAGUGAGAUAAUAGCCAACUGUCAAAAACUUGUAAAUGAGAUAUUGAAAGAGUACCCAGAAGGAUAUAACAUGGCCUUAUUCCGAAAGUUGUUUCUUGAUAGGUAUGGCUACCACCUUGAUUUGCAUAUGCUUGGUUAUCAAAAGUUGGCAUCCCUGUUGCAAACGAUGCCUGGAGUUAAACUAGAGUCCUCUUACAUCAUUCCUGCUUGUAAGACUCCAAAAAUGUUUGCUAUGGACCCUUCUAUUCCCAAUAUCCAAAAACAUACUCUCAGUCGUACAGUGGCUAAUUCAGAUAGUGAAUUAUCUGAUGUCUUGAGCAAGGAUGAUGUUAGCGACUCGCCCUGGGAAGAGCUAGGCCCUGUCACCAACACAUCGAACAAAAACGAAGUGGAAGUAGCAUCAAGGAGGAAGGCAAUAGGAUCAAGAGGUUUUGAUUAUGAACUGUCCCUUUCAGAUGACUUGUCAGAUUCAGAAGGAGAGGGCGUGGCCAGAGUGAACAAGGAAGAUAGCUCCCUAUUGCAGAUCCUUGACUCAUGGUACAGCGGUAAGGAUGGCGGAAGUAGCAAGGACAUGUCAGAGAAUUUUGAGGGGUUGGUUGAUUCCACAAAUGUUUCUAAGCUAUCUGUUUCAUCUGGAGUUGGCACCAUGAGUGGUGCUUCUUUGGGAAACCAUGCCCGGAAGCAAAGACCUCAAAAGAACUACCCUUUUGUUCCAGACUCUGGUGAUAACAAGGACAAGCUAAUUGAUGGCAUACUAGGGAGCUUGAAGAAAUCAAGUAAGCCAAGGUUAAGGAGAUAGAGGGUUUAAAUAAUUAAGAGCGAGAGCAAGUCAAUGAAGCAUUUAUCUUCUGCAUUUGGAAUACUAGGAAAUGUAGAACCUGAGCACUUAUAAGUGAUGUAAUCCUGAUCAUGCAUCAUUUUUUUGAGAUUAGGUUUCACUUACGGAUUUGAUUUUUGUAAAAGGCGGAGCUAGGAUUCAGGAUGUUGAAUUAGAUUUUCCAAUCCUGAUUAAUUUAUAAAAAAUGGCUUU